AUGGCAGCACAGGCGAGUCCAAAGUUCCAGGGCUGGUUAGGGAAAAGCCCAGAAGCGGUUCAUGGAAAGAUGGAAUGGGGAGAAUAUGAGCCUAAGAAAUGGACCGAAGACGAUGUAGACAUAGAAAUCUCCCACUGCGGUAUCUGCGGCUCGGAUAUUCAUGUCAUGAAGUCCGGAUGGCUUCCGACACCGUACCCUUGCGUUGUAGGACAUGAAAUUGUCGGUAAAGCCAUACGUGUGGGAGAGAACGUCAAGCACAUCAAAGUUGGUGACCGCGUCGGUGUGGGUGCCCAAGCACGAACAUGCCUGCAGAGCACUUGCCCAGACUGUAGCAACGGCUUCGAGUCUUACUGUCACAAUGAGCUGAUAAACACAUAUGGUUCAAUCUACCCUAACGGCGAAGGGAAGAGUUACGGUGGCUACGCCGAUUACAACCGUACUAAUGGCAAUUUCGUUUUCCGCAUUCCAGAAGGACUCGAUUCAGCGAAUGUUGCUCCGAUGAUGUGCGCUGGCAUUACAGUGUAUUCCCCUCUAAAAGAAAAUGGGUGCGGACCGGGCAAGAAUGUGGGAAUUGUCGGCGUUGGUGGACUGGGUCAUUAUGGCAUCCUCUUUGCCAAAGCCAUGGGCGCUGAUAGGGUUGUUGGCAUCUCGAGAAAGGCCGACAAGAGAGAAGAUGCGCUGAAGCUUGGUGCUGAUGAGUACAUUGCCACAGACGAAGACAAGGACUGGGUUGCCAAGCACUCGCGGACCCUGGACAUCAUCAUCUGCACCGUAUCCAGCGAGAAGAUGCCAUUGAAUGGCUAUAUGUCUCUCCUAAGAACGAAGGGAACUUUGGUCCAAGUCGGUGCCCCUGAUGGAGGCAUUCUACCUCCUGUCAGUGCUUUCGUAUUGAUUCCGAGUGGUACCAAGAUCGCAGGCAGUCACACUGGCUCGCCGCGGGAUAUCAGGGAGAUGCUGGAGCUUGCAGCAAAGAAAAACAUCAAAUCUUGGGUCGUAGAGCGACCCUUGAAGGAAGCCAACCAAGCUAUUGUUGACUUCGAAGAAGGAAAGGCACGUUACAGGUAUGUUCUCGUAAAUGAGAACUUUGGCAAGCAUUAG